GGUCUUUACUGGUUAAAAAGGUUCUUUAUUCUGACGCAUUUUUUUCGCUACAACAUCGACAUGAUCCAACUCCAAGUGGAGAAACCAAAAGGAUUUUUCCGGCAAAGUUGCCGUAGUUCCAAUCCAAAUUUACUUUAUUUUUACGACAAUGACUGCUGUGUGCUGUCCUUCAGCAACCAAAGGUUUAUUUUACCGAAUCGCAGUGACUACUGCUCACCACGUUGAAACUUUCUAGUCUCAGACUUCUACUCUCAAAUGAAAAUUAUAGAACUUCUUCUACCCACGUAAGUACAAGUAGUACAACAAAGUUCAUCUAAAACUACAGUUUUAUACAACAACCCGCUCGACGCCUUUAAAAAGAAGCGAGCACAGCACAUCAGAUGAUUUCUACUCUCAACGUUGACCCAAGAGCUGCCUCGUAGCGGGCGACAGGGAGUAAAGCCAACUAGUCAACAGAAUUCAUUCGUAGCUCACGACCUCCGCCUCCCGAGUGGCUCCCUACCCAAGUCGUGGCCGCUAGUACAGUUCAACAUCUCUAGGAGCUACAGUUCUUUCAAGAAUU